AUGCCGUCGAACAUGCCACCGCUGGCGAGGCCUACACGGAGCCAGAUCAAGCUGAGUCUCACGAACAGACACGCCUCUGCACGACACGCCGGCGACUUCAUCUCUUUUCGACUGAACAAGCGCAAACAGCUCUUCAUCACCCUCGCCAUCUGUUCGACCGUCUUCAUCGGGCUCAUCCUUGCACUCGCCCGAGGAACUUCCAUCUUGAGGGGUAGGUCCGGCAAGAGGGAUCCUUUGAAUAUCGCCAGUCAGUCUUAUGGCUCGAAACCUGUGAUUGGCAAGAAGCCCAAUGAACCCCAAUGGCGCACACGACCCCUCAAAGGGAAAGCGAGAUCGACUUUUGACGCUCUGCUGGACAAGUCCAAGCUGCCGAGCGCUGUCGAGUCCAGAGACACGUCUGCCGGCGCGCUCUUCGAUAUCCUCCAUGGCCUGUCCACCAAUAAGAGCGAGCUAGCUAUCUGCACGCUGACACCACUUCACGUCCAACGCUACCUCAAAGUAGCAGGAUCACGAGAGUCCAUCCUCAUUGCGUUCAAUGCGCGCAAUGUGGAAGCUGUUCUGCCCUCGAUCGUACAAGAACUGCUCGUCAUCUUGGACCAUCUCGGUUCAAAGAGGAUCCACAUCUCCAUCUACGAAAACGGAUCCCAUGAUGCCACAGUCGCCCAGCUCUACGUCUUGUCAAAGCUGUUCGACAAGAUCGACGUGAGCUAUACCAUUCGUUGCGAUGGCAAAUUCGUACCCGCAAUGGAUCUGCCCAAUCGUCGCAUCGAUUCGUUGGCAAAGAUCCGCAAUGCGGCCCUGCUCCCUCUGACGGACAUCUUCGUAGCCGGACAGAAUGGCGGCUUCGAUCAGGUCGUCUUCCUCAACGACGUCUUCUUCUGCGCUGCCGAUGUGAUCGAACUCCUUCACUCGAGGAUGUUCCUCGAUGCCUCCAUGACCUGCGCCAUGGACUAUCAGCGUCUGGAAGUUCCAGAGUUCAGGUCGCAGGGCUAUCCUAUGCUCUUCUACGACGUCUGGGUCGCAAGAGACAUACUAGGACUACCCUUCUAUGCGAUUGAGAAGGACGGGACGUGGGUACUGCCAUCGCCACCACUGAAGCAGAACAGACACGAUCACGCAAGAUACGAUUCCAAUCUGCCCUUCCAGGUCUUCUCCUGUUGGAACGGCAUCACCGUCAUCCAAGCAAAAGCCUUCUAUCCACCCCACUCGCUCCGAUUCAGAGCCAUAAACCACACCGAUGCUUCAUCAGAAUGUUACCUCUUCAAUGUCGAUCUGUGGAAAACAGGACUGGGGAGAAUAGCUAUCAUACCCAAGGCCAGAGUCGCCUACACACUCCGAGAAUACGACGAAGUCAGGCAAGAUCUCAACACAACAGCUUGGCAGCUCUCUGGACGACAUAUCGUCUCUGCACGCGAGGACUUUGAUUGGAAGAACUUUCCGCCAAAGAGGGUGGCUCAUUACGACUUCGGACAUUGGUCCGAAGUUGCAUGGCGACCACCUUUCGAUCUCGAUUAG